UCAGCCUCCGUGCCCCACAGCACCACAGAAAUGCCUCCUCAGCUGCAUAACCGUGUGGACCUCUCAUCCAAAGUUGUCCAGGGCACCCUGGACAGCCUGCCCCAGGCAGUGAGGGCGUUUGUAGAGAGCAACGCCCAGCUGUGCGAGCCGGAGCACAUCCACAUCUGUGAUGGCUCUGAGGAGGAGAACAGACGGCUGCUGAACUGCAUGCAGGAGGAGGGUCUCAUCAGGAAGCUGAGGAAGUACGACAACUGCUGGUUGGCUCUCACCGACCCCAGGGAUGUGGCCAGGAUCGAAAGCAAGACGGUUAUCAUUACCCAAGAGCAAAGAGACACAGUGCCCAUCCCCAAAACCGGCCUCAGCCAGCUGGGUCGCUGGAUGUCAGAAGAGGACUUUGAGAAAGCAUUCAAUGCCAGGUUCCCAGGUUGCAUGAAAGGUCGUACCAUGUAUGUAAUCCCAUUCAGCAUGGGGCCUCUGGGCUCCCCUCUGUCCAAGAUCGGGAUUGAGCUGACUGACUCGCCCUAUGUGGUAGUCAGCAUGCGGAUUAUGACUCGGAUGGGCGCGGCCGUGCUGGAGGCCCUGGGCGACGCGGAGUUCACCAAGUGUCUGCACUCCGUGGGGUGCCCUCUGCCUUUAAGAAAGCCUUUGGUCAACAAUUGGGCUUGCAAUCCUGAGCUGACACUGAUCGCCCACCUGCCCGACCGCAGAGAGAUCGUCUCCUUCGGAAGUGGGUAUGGUGGCAACUCACUGCUGGGGAAGAAAUGCUUUGCCCUCAGGAUAGCCAGCCGGCUGGCCAAGGAGGAAGGGUGGCUGGCAGAGCACAUGCUGGUCCUGGGGAUAACCAACCCUGCGGGGGAAAAGAAGUACCUAGCAGCUGCGUUCCCCAGCGCCUGUGGGAAGACCAACCUGGCCAUGAUGAACCCCACCCUCCCCGGGUGGAAGAUAGAGUGUGUGGGCGACGACAUUGCCUGGAUGAAGUUCGACAGCCAAGGUAACUUGAGAGCUAUCAAUCCAGAAAAUGGUUUCUUUGGGGUUGCUCCUGGCACUUCUGUGAAGACUAACCCCAACGCCAUCAAGACCAUCCUGAAGAACACCAUCUUCACCAAUGUGGCUGAGACCAGUGAUGGGGGUGUCUACUGGGAAGGCAUUGAUGAGCCACUGGCUUCAGGCAUCACCAUCACGUCCUGGAAAAACAAGGAGUGGAGCCCACAGGACAGGGAACCCUGUGCCCACCCCAACUCACGGUUCUGCACCCCUGCCAGCCAGUGCCCCAUCAUCGACCCCGCCUGGGAGUCUCCGGAAGGUGUGCCCAUAGAGGGGAUCAUUUUUGGAGGCCGCCGACCCACUGGUGUGCCUCUGGUCUAUGAAGCCCUCAGCUGGCAGCACGGGGUUCUUGUGGGGGCAGCCAUGAGAUCAGAGGCCACGGCGGCUGCAGAACACAAGGGUAAAGUCAUCAUGCAUGACCCCUUUGCUAUGCGGCCCUUCUUUGGCUACAACUUUGGCAAAUACCUGACCCACUGGCUAAGCAUGGCCCACCGCCCAGCAGUCAAGCUGCCCAAGAUCUUCCAUGUCAACUGGUUCCGGAAGGACAAGGAAGGCAAAUUCCUCUGGCCAGGCUUUGGAGAGAACUGCCGGGUCCUGGAAUGGAUGUUCAACCGGAUCAACGGGGAAGACAGUGCCAAGCUCACGCCCAUCGGGUACAUCCCCAAGGGGGAGGCCCUGAAUCUGAAGGGCCUGGGGAAUAUCAACAUGGAGGAACUCUUCAGCAUCAGCAAGGAGUUCUGGGAGAAGGAAGUGGAAGACAUAGAGAAGUAUCUAGAAGAUCAAGUGAAUGCUGACCUCCCCUAUGAGAUCGAAAGAGAGGUCCUUGCCCUGAAGCAAAGAAUUAGCCAGAUCUAA